AUGGCGGAUUUGAAGCAAGCAAGCCGCAGAGACCCCACCAUUUUGCACCCAUUCUUGGCAGAGCGAGCCGAGCUUGUCACCAUCAAGCAGAACAAUCCGAACUCGCGGCUGAUGGAGAAGGGACUUCUGGCCAAGCGGGUUUCUGUGAACGCUGCUGAUGUUGCUGAGACUGGUUUGGAGGCGCCACCAUCCUAUUUUGUGGAACUAUGGAAGUAUCGACAACUUCAUGGUGGUCAAGAUCCAGAUCCUGAACGCAUUGUCAAGAUGAACCUCGGCGGCUUCACUGUGCCUGGUGUGGAAGUCGAGGAUGAGAACAUGAAGGGCAUACACAAACGAAUCAAUCGCAGCUACAACUCGGUCAAAAAGAUUGCUCAUAUUCAUGAGGGAGACAUCACAUUGAACCGUCAAGCGCCAAAUGAGAUCUUUGAGGAGACCCGCAAGCAAGUCAUUUCACAACAGUCAAAAGCACCUGCUUUGUCUAUGGCUUUUGGCACGCCAGUUGGGAUCGCUUCCAGUUCGUCAACUGAUGCUCCCCAGAAGAAGACUGACAGUGUUGAUGCACAAGAUGGCCAUGAGACUCAGCAUGCUGAUGAGGAUGAUGAGGAAGCUACCAACCUCACUUCUUGGCUAUCAGAAUUUGGCUUUUGCAAAAGGUCAGAUGCCACAUCGCCUGCCAAAGCAUCGGCGAAGGCAAAAGCAGAGAAACCAAAAUCAACAAGAAAGAAUCCAUCGUCGACCAUCACAAAGCCCAAGAAGCCAGAGAAGCCAGUUGAAGCCGCACCGCCUGCACCCAAACGUAGGAGCAGCAAGAUGGAGACUUCUGAAGGCAAGGGUGUGGAUGGCCAGCCAGAGCCUGCUAGCAAGCCUGCUGAGGAAGUGGCAGAUGACACCAUCCGAAGACGUGGCCGAAAACAAACAUCGCAACUUGACAUGGAAGACAGGGAGGCAUUGGACAAGAUCAAGGAAGAACUGGCAUCUUACAGCACGAUUGAAGCAGAUUCGAUGGAUGAUUUCCAGUAUUAUGUCAAACUGGCAAAAUCCAUGGGGAAAAUCAAUACCCAGCUUGUUCAAAAGCAGCGCACGAUGCAGCGCCGGAGCGCACCAUCAUCUGUUGCUGGUGAGUUUGAAGAAGUUGGAGCUCAGAUCAAAGCUGUCAUUGAUAUUGCCAAGGCUUUUUCAUCCCAAGACGGUGACAAGCUCAAUUCACUGCUUGAGAACAUGUCAGGCUCACUUUCGCUGGGCUUGUCUUCUGAGAAGCAGCGCAUCAAACUACUUGCCUUUGCCGACCUUGCUAGCGGUCGAUGGGAUGAGCUGGAGACGAAGACCGUGCCUAUGAUUUCAGACUUGGACAUUGAUAAUGGUCAAAAGUUUGAGUUCCUGCACCUUCUUGUGACAAAUCUAUUUCAGCGACUCCUCCGAGGAAAAGCAUCUGGUGGCAUUGUCUCUGCCGCAUCUCUUGAUGUGCAUGCCUUUGACUUUGUGCGUGAGUUUACAUCCCGAAUGCCACCAAUCCUUGCAAAGCAAGCAUUCGCACAAACCUCUGAAGCGUUUAAGGAUUUGUCAGAAGACUUUGCGACAGUUGAAGUGCUUUUGUCAGCCAACUCAAAGCUUCCAGCGGAUGUGAAGAAAGCUUUGGAGAAUGUCGCUUCACAUGAGUCUAGGCCAGUACUGGCUGCCAUCGUCGGUCUACCAGCAGGAAAGCGCAUCAUUGAUUUGGCUGAAAAAGCUGCUGAAGGGAAUGCUCACCUUGAUGAGAUUAGAGUUGUGCAAAACAAGAUUGACUCUCUGCCAGUUGGAGUGUACCUCCUUGACAUCUCGACCAUCAACACAAUGAUUGAGUUGUCCAACGAGCUAGACAAACUGAGGCAAAAACACAUCAGAAGAUCUUCCUUGGGUCUGGUUACCACUAUGAUGAAUGGCUUGCAGGAGAAGUUCAUGGAAACAGCAAACGCUCAUGUCAAAACCAAUCUGAUUCCCUAUGUCGUUGCCUUCACAGCAGACCUCAAGGGUUCUGAUCAGCCAGAGACAUGGACAAUCCGCAAGCUGCAGAGCAUCGCAAACCCAAAGCUGAAAAAGUUGCUUCAGAUCCAUGAUGUGCUCAAGGACUUGAAGGAAACUUUGAACAGUAUGUCCCAAAAUGGUACAGCCCUCGGCGAGAAGGUGGUCCAUGAUUUGGUAACUGGUCUAAGAGCUCUUCAACAGCCAGCAAAUGAGUUUGGUGCAGGCUUGGUUGAUGCCCUUGCAGGCUUGAUUGCGAAAAUCAACUCAACCGCAGACAGCGUCAUUGAUUCAUUUCUGGAGCAGCAGCGAAAGUCUAUGGCUUCUUGGGUUGAUGAACACAAGGACGCUUCCAGUGGAAAGCCUACCUCUGCUGAUGUGGACGCUCUCUCCCAGAUCGUGGAGUCAUUUUGCCGCAGCUGCGCUGCAGCCAAACCAUCUGAUGUAGAUAGACAAUGUCAGGUGGAUGCUGCAACUUUCAUGGUCCGGUUCUUCCAUUGUUGGUCUCUUCUUCCAAGCGCUGAUGAUGAAACAGAGUUGGCGCCUGAGUUCAUCAAGCUGACACGUGAACUUGUGAGCAUGCUCAAAUUGGAGAAGGACAUCUUCAAGGAUGAAGCAACUUGGUCCCAGAUUCACAUGCCCUUGUACUUGAUCAACUUCUUGGAGAACAUGACCGCUCUCUUGGGCAGCGAUAGUGAUACCACAGUGGUGGAGCCAGUUGUCAAGAAUGUCUUUGGCACCUACCGUGCAGGUUGCUUGAAAUCGAUUGCCAAAGCUGAAUCGAAAUGUUCCGAUGUCCUCAACCUCAAUCGCGGAGUUUCAUUCCCAGUGUACAACCCAGACCUGGGUCCUGAUGCUGCAGACCGCACGUAUUGCGGUAUUGCAGAUGCUAUGGCCUUGAAAUUGUUCGCAACCGAAGCCCGCGAUGCAAAGCAGCUUUGUCAAGAAGCAGUGAAAAUGACUGGAGCUCCAACAGAGUCCUUUGUGGGAUACACAAGGGUGGUGAGCUUUCACAGGGAGGUGUUGGAAACCAUGACCACCAGGACGAUCAUCAAGGUGCUUCAGUCCAAAGCUGCUAUCGAAACAAGAAAGAGUCAGUUGGCCAACUGCAUGCAGCUGGCACAGGAUGAGAUGCUCAGUAUCCCCGCCAGUGUGCAAGCUCGCGCAACUGAUUUGUAA